GUCGAUCGGUGAAUGAAACAAGGAAGACAGCGAGAGAGAGAGAGACAGAGAGAUGCAUUUGAGCGAGAACGAGGGGAUAGAAGGAAAGAUCUUCGUGGUGACUGGAGGAUUAGGGUUUGUGGGGUCUGCACUGUGCCUGGAGCUUGCAAGAAGGGGCGCUCUCCAGGUUCGAGCUUUUGACAUUCGAAAGGCUACUACUUCUGCCGCCCCUGACCUCCAUCAUAAGGGAGUCCAAUUCAUCCACGGUGAUAUCACCUGCAAACAAGAUGUUCAACGGUCAUUGCGUGGGGCUGAUUGUGUUUUUCACCUUGCUUCAUAUGGUAUGUCUGGAAAAGAAAUGCUCCAAUAUGGUCGGGUUGAUGAAGUAAACAUAAAUGGAACUUGCCAUAUCUUGGAAGCUUGUGUUGAGUAUGGGAUCAAGAGGCUUGUUUAUGUGAGCACCUACAAUGUUGUGUUUGGAGGGAAGGACAUUGUCAAUGGCAAUGAAACUUUACCUUAUCUCCCUCUUGAUGAUCAUGUUGAUCCAUACAGCCGCUGCAAAUCAAUUGCUGAACAAUUAGUUCUAAAGAGCAAUGGGCGUCCUUUCAAAAAGAAGAAUGGGACUCUCUACGCCUGUGCAGUUCGUCCAGCUGCUAUCUAUGGGCCAGGUGAAGAGAGACACCUCCCUCGGAUUAUAAGUCUUGCAAAGUUGGGUCUGCUGCCAUUCAGAGUUGGUGAAGCACGAGUGAAGACAGACUGGGUUUAUGUAGAUAACCUUGUGCUGGCCUUAAUAUUGGCCAGCAUGGGACUAUUGGAUGACAUCCCCCAGAGAGAAAAGCGGCUAAUAGCUGGUGGUCAGGCAUACUUCAUUUCAGAUGGGUCUCCUGUCAACAGCUUUGAGUUCAUCCAACCACUACUCCAGAAGCUAGAUUAUGACCUUCCACAGGUGUGGUUGGCUGUCCCCCAUGCUCUUCUUGUGGGAAAGAUAUUCUGGGUAGUCUAUAUGGUCUUAUAUCCAUGGUUGAACAGAUGGUGGCUUCCACAACCACUGAUCCUGCCAGCUGAAGUGUACAAGGUUGGUGUAACUCAUUACUUCUCAUUCCUAAAAGCAAAGCAAGAGCUUGGCUAUGCCCCUGUGGUGAGUCCUCGGGAGGGCAUGGCUGCAACCAUCUCAUACUGGCAGGAGCGGAAAAGGAGAAGCCUUGAUGGGCCUACAAUAUAUGCAUGGCUGUUUUGUAUAGUUGGGAUGGCUUGGCUAUUUGCAGCUGCAUACUUGCCCGAUUUUGGACCUGUCCCGCUGUUGAGAGGUUGCGGUAUCUUCUUCUUCCGGUCAAUUUCAACAAUGAGAAUGGUUUUCAUUUUAUCGACAGCAGCUCAUAUUGGUGAGGCCAUGUACGCAUGGCGGCUGGCCAAAAAAGUGGAUCCUUCUAAUUCAAGAGGCUGGUUCUGGCAGACUCUUGCUCUUGGGAUUUUUUCAUUGCGUUUUCUGUUGAAGAGAGCCAGAAAUUAAGUUGGAGCAUCUAUCUAUAUAUAUAGGCAACGGGCAAUUUACUGUUGCACAAAGGAGAUAGUAGCCCAAUGAAAGCUUGAUCUUCUGUUUUGAAAUGUUGUCAGUUUAAGUCCCUAGAAGUUACAUGAAUAUCCUUUUGAAUUUUGAGUUUAUGCAAAAUUUAGUUUUCGUUCUUUUUA